GUAGGAUCCUGAGCUGUCAGUCUACUUGUGGGAUUACUGAAGAGUUGUUUUGUGAAGACCAUCCUUUAGUGGAAUCUCGAUGUUUGGCAGCACUAGAAAACUGAUGUAUCCUAUCCUUACUAAUACUCGGAGAAUAUAGCCAAAGUGAGGCAGCGCGACUCCUUCGUUGAAUUGACAUUGUUUAUGCAAAGUAAAGCUGCCAUUGAACUUCAUCACAAGGAAAAAAGUGUAUCUGCAAUGGGCAAUCAAUAUCCAAUCUUCAUAUCUGUCUUCUUAUUCAUCAUAUUCCUUCUUUCAUAUAACUGGAAACACAUUGACCAUUAUUUCAAAUGUCAAAGAUGUCCAGAUACAACAAUGAUGCUACAUAAAGAGGUCCAAAAUGUCACAACAACAACCAGCCCACCAAUCAUUUCUCCACCAAAAGAAACUCUUCUCCUGGUUUGGAACUGGCCAUGGGGGGCCAGAUUUCCUUUAGAUAAGUGUGAGACAGAAUAUAGAAUUAAGGGGUGUAAGCUAUCUGCAGAUAGAGGUUUGUAUAGUGCGGCUGAUGCAGUCAUCAUCCACCAUGCAGAUGUUAUGGGCAAUAGAAAUGCAUUGCCCCAACAGCCAAGAAAUCCUUAUCAACGUUGGAUAUGGCUCAACUUGGAGCCACCACUAAUUAUCUCAAACCUGGGCAUGCUGGAUAAUUUGUUCAACUUGACAAUGACGUUCCGUCGCGAUUCAGAUAUUUAUAAUCCAUAUGGCCAUAUUGAAUCAUUAGAAGAAUCUCAAAACUUCACUAUUCCAGCAAAGUCUAAGUUGGUAUCUUGGGUGGUGAGCAAAUGGUACCCUGGUAUACGUCGUAUCGCUUAUUAUGAAGAGCUGAAAAAGCACAUAUCUAUUGAUAUUUAUGGGGCCAGACAUAUGAAACUGAGCACAGAGAAGUUUCAUUCAACGAUUUCUCAGUACAAAUUCUACUUGGCAUUCGAGAAUUCUGUCUAUCCAGAUUAUAUCACGGAAAAACUAUGGAUUAACGCUCUGGGUUCAUGGACAGUUCCAGUUGUACUGGGUGCCUCUCGUGAAAACUAUGAACAGUAUAUACCUGGAGAUGCCUUCAUACAUGUUGAUGACUUUCCAACUGCAAAGGAACUAGCUGCCUACCUACUUGAAUUAGAAAAGGAUGAUGAGAAAUAUAGAAAGUAUUUCAACUGGAGAUCCCGACAUAGGGUGAGCCCUUGGAAGGGAUGGCCAUAUUCUUACUGUAAAGCUUGUGAGAAAAUACAACAGGGUCCAAGAUAUCAGGUCAUUCGUAGUGUGGCAAAGUGGUUUCUGUAA